AUGUACACUAAGUUAGGAGCCGAAACACUGGCAAAGCUGGCAGGCCGGCGAUGGGCGACUGAUUCCGGCGCAUUGACCAAGCGGUUUGCCUUUAAAAGCCACACUCUUGCCGCAGAGUUUGCUGCAAAGGCGGCGAAAUCCGCAGAUGCCCUACAGCAUCACCCAGAGAUUUACAUAAAAUACCGGUGGAUCACGUUUGCGUUGAAGACCAACGAUGCAGAUGGUGCCAUCACUGACGCGGACGCAAAACUCGCUGAUGCAAUAGAUGAAUUGGCCAAGGCCGACCCGGGGUUGAGUCGCAAAAAGGCUUCGUAG